AUGCCACUAGGCGAAGUCACUUGUCUUGAUCGUCUCCAUCGCAUGGGAGUAACAAGCAAGAACACUAUCAAGAAAUAUCACUACAGGCCAGAAAUCAGUGCGGAUAUUCCUUAGUGCAAGGAUAAGCUGGAUGCGGAAGACUGCCGCGGUUUUAAAGGCAACGGAUACUGUGAACAAAUGCCGAAAUUUGCUCAACGGGAAUGCAGGUCAACAUGCGGUCUCUGUUAA